AUGGCAGCAAGUCAGCCUUUCCAUGUUCGAUCCAUCAGUCUACCAUCUAGAGAUCACCCCUCCAUUCUCAAAACUGAGGAAGAACUGAGAAAGCUCAGGUCUUUUAUGGCUCAAUCCUCUUUAACAUCACUUAUGAUAGUGGAUGGGCUGAAGGGGCUUGGAGGUUUGUAUGAGUGCAUCGAUGAGCUUCUUCACUCGCCUAGCAGCAACCAGCACUUCUCCAGUCAACAACAGAAGAAAUGGAUGGAAGUAGAGUUGGCUGACUCUAUCAAGCUGUUGGAAUUGAUUGGUGCCCUGAGAGAUCACGUGCAACAAAUAAAAGACCAAAUUAGAGACCAUGAAAUUGCCCUUCGAAGACGAGGUGCAAUGACCAAAAGCAAGAUACAGACUCACAUCCUUUCUGAUAAAAAGUUGCUGAAGAAUAUUCAGAAUUGCUUCAGAUCACUGAAGCAUAUGGAUGAAAAAGAUGCCUUCAGCUGCACAGGAAAUGAGCAAUUCGGUCCCUGUAAGGCGAGCAAUAUUCUGAAGGAAGUGAGAUUGUUCACUAUUUCUCUUCUUCAGUUCGUCUUCAACUUUUUGUCCCUGCCAAGGCCUAAAACCAAAACCAGCAGAUGA